CCAUAAAAUGCAUGGAUAAUAAUGUAAGGCAAAUUCCACGAGACUUUAUGCUGGGCUCGGGAGUAUCGGCGUUCCAGUACGAGGGUGCUUGGGACGAAGACGGUAAGGGACCAUCACUCUGGGAUGACAUGCUUCACAAGAGCCCAGACUUUAUCGUCGACGGUAGCAACGCCGAUGUCGCGGCCGACGGGUACCACCGCUACCAGGACGACAUCAGAUUAGCGAGAGACAUGGGCUUGGACUCCUUCAGGCUCGCGAUCUCAUGGCCCAGGAUUUUACCGACCGGCUACGCGAAUAAUAUUAACCGAGUCGGCAUCGACUACUACAAUAAUUUUAUUGACGAACUGUUAAAAUACAACAUAAUCCCGAUCGUGACGAUUUUUCAUAUGGACCUGCCCGUGAAGCUGCAAGACUACGGCUCGUGGACGAACCCGGCUAUCGUCGACCUCUUCUUGGACUACGUCAAAGUGGUGUUCGACAAUUUUGGGGACAGAGUGAAGAUAUGGGUAACCAUAAACGAGCCGCUAGUUUAUUGCAUGUACACCUACACGAAUUUAGAGUUUCCGCCGUUUGUGGAUCUACCCGGAGUAGGAGAUUAUAUGUGCAUGAAGAAUAUGCUGCUCGCCCACGCUCGCGCCUACCGACUGUAUGACGAGCGUUACAGAGAGCGACAAAGGGGAAAAGUCGGUCUCGUGUUAUAUUACGCUUGGUACGAGCCCUUAACCGAUUCAACCGAAGACGUCGAAGCGGCCGAAGACUACAACAGAUUUAUGGGUGGCAUGUAUUUGAAUCCUAUAUUCUCAAAAUCUGGAGACUUUCCCGCCGCAACGAAACUAAGAGUAGCCGCUAAGAGUGCGGAGCAAGGGUUUCCAAGAUCACGUCUACCGACCUUAUCGGAAAGCGAGAUCAGUAUGAUAAAAGGAUCAGCCGAUUUUGUGGGACUGAACUUGUACUCGACUGUGUUCGUAUAUAGAAACAGUUCGGUUAGGACGUUAUAUCCUGUGCCGUCUGUGAGAGAUGACCUUGACGCUGGUUUAGCAGUCGAUCCUAUGACGGCGGAGGUGGCCUACCGAUUUGAGUCGCGACCCCAGAGUACAUACAAGCUACUGAUGAACAUAAAGGAGCAGUACGAUCCACCUGUUCUCAUCACCGAAAACGGUUAUGCAAAUCAAGGGGGCUUAGAUGAUUAUGACAGAAUAGAAUAUAUUAAUGAUUACCUCAAUGCUAUAUUAGACGCCAAGGAGGCGGGCUGCGAUGUGCGCGGGUACCACGUCUGGAGCUUCGUAGAUCUCUUCGAGUGGAAAUACGGAUAUUUAAGAAGAUUUGGACUGUACGAAGUUGAUUUUUCGAGUCCGAACCGCACGAGAACUGCGAGAAAAUCUGCAAACUACUUCAGGGAUUUAACGACCACUAGAACUCUGUUCAGGAGGCUAUCAUUGUACUAGAAUAUUAUUGUAUUCAAAUAAAUUUGACUUAGGUAUAAGGUAUAUUCGCAAAAUGCUUCGCAUAGGCAUGCGAUCAAUUUCAGGUCCAUAACCAAAAUUAGAGCUCAUAACUAACGAGGCCGAAUUUUGCGGUUUAAAUAAUAUCAGGUGGUCGCACAAGAAGGAGCCUUAUUUCUUCCGGAUAGAGUUGAAAAUAUAAAGUUGUAUAGUUAUAAUAGUCUUGACCGUACGCCUAUAAGGCUCAUAUGAUUCAUUUUAUAGACCUAUUUGCAUCUAAGUAGGUACAUAGUAUUUCAAAAGUAGGUGAAUAUUUUUACGGUUUUGCAAUUAGUGAAUAUUAAAACCACUUCUGAUCCUAUUAUAAUAAUUAUGAGUCAAUUUUGCCAAGUAAAUGCCAUUUGUUUUUGUUACUCAGUGCUUCUCUCUACUAAAAUAUU